AUGCCUCCUAAGAAGCGUACCUCACCCACGAAAACAAUUUCGGGCUCGAGAUCUAACAAAAGAACCAAAACAGUGGAAAAGUCGCCCCCAGUCAUCGGCGGGCCGUCCAAAUAUGUCGAGAACCCGGUUUGCAAACCCAUCCGCAGAAGAGUUUGCGCGUAUUAUUAACGAAGCCAUCCAGUUGUCAUUUGUUGAAUACAUAGAACUUCAAGAUCCGAACCAAGAGCCUGAUGUCGAGGUUCGACAUCUGCGCAAGGAGAAGAAGGAUUACAAUGGUAGCGAGCUUAAAAUUUCCAAAGACGGCUAUGAUAACCUCAUCAAGAUGUAUAUCGAGGUUGAAAAGCGGACGCCCGAGAGCAAUGGGAUAGCACAUAUCUACGAGGAUUAUGCCGGGUAUGGAAUCAUCGAGGUGUUGGAAAAACAGGUACGAUGAUGCAUUGGGCGUAUUGAACCCUGAUACGCAGAGACGAUUUUCUAACGAAGUGGCAGAUACUUCAAUACGAGAAAGAGAAGAAAAAGUCACAUUUCGAACUGAAGCUCUACGCCAUCGUCGAAGCUUUGGCAUUUUUCCUGGAUAGUUCCUAUGACGGGCGGUGGAUGAGUAUGUCCCUCUAAUCUAACCUUUCUCUGAACCCAGCUAACAAGCUAGAUGUCGACGAUGGCGACCGUGUCGAGGAACUAAUCUGCCUUAUGGGAACCCUCUUCAUAGACUGUUUUCGCGAGCUGGAUAAGGAAACUCCCAUUGGCCGCUGGCUUGCCCCGCCAGACAAGACUCCACUUAAAAAUCUGGGCCUAGUAAUGGGGCUGGCGAUUUCUGCCGCCGGUUGCUGGAUGGGCGACGCCGAGAGUAUGGAUUUCUGGUCUCAGGAGAUUGAAAGAAUGGCGGAAGCUAGAGGUAUACAACUUAGGGAUUGUAAUGGACCUAUCAAGGAGAAGAGUGAUGGGACCAAGAAGUUGGACUUUGGCGCCCAGGUUUGUUACCUCUCUUGAGGCUAGAGUUUGGAGUGUGUGCUUGCUAAUUUGUUCGGAAUUACAGUUGAAGGCAUAUAAAAAGAAAAAUAGGGGGGCUAGUAUCGGUGGGAGUCACUUCGAUUUGAGCAAGAUAUCGGAGGCGGAGAGGAGGCGGUUGGACGAGGGGGAUAUCUUUGAGAUUUGA